GAAUGCUCUUUUGAAAAAAAAAAAAAUGAAACUCAAAAACCUGAUUACGCUUGAAGUUUUCAAAUCUAUGCUGAAGGAUUUAGUAACGGAAUCGUUUGUCUGUACGUGCUGUGAAUAGCGGGAGAUGACGUUCUGUUUAUGUUUGUUUGGUGAUGUUGAACAGCGGCAUUUGCCGAUUUAAAACUGGACCAACAUCGAGCAAAGAGAUACAAAGAAGCUGGGGGAACAAAACAGUAUCAUGAGGAGCAAGAGGGAGCUACUUGGCUGCCUGAAACAGAGGAAAUGAACAGGCACCUGCUUCCUGUUGUUGCCGUGAUCGUGUCAGCUGUGCUGCCCCUGGCCGUCCGCUCCCAGGACCCUGUCCCCAUCCAGUUCCAGACCGCCCCGGUGCUGGCCGUGUCCGGCACGGAGGCGGUGAUGACGGCGGUGACGAUUCCGCAGGUGCUGUCCAUGACCUGGGUGUCCCCCGGCGGAGAGACGCUGGGGCUGUGGGUGUCUAACGGGCCGGUGAUAAACCCGGUGGCUCAGUACCAGGGCCGGCUCACCAUCAGCGCCUCUCAGCUGCGCAUCGCCGCCACGCAGCUCCGAGACACCGGCAACUACACCGUCACCGUCGUGCCCGUCGCCACCACCGGCCAGGGGCCCAACGCCCGCUCCGUACAGCUCCGCGUGUUCGAUGCGGUGCAAGGUGUGCGUCUCUCCGUCCCCUCCGUUGCCAUGGAGAGCGGAAACGUGUCCCUGCGGUGCAGCUGGUCUCGUGGGACGGACAUCACGGUGAUUUGGGGAAAGGGGGGCGUGGCCCUCACCCCAGACUCCCGGGUGACCAUCUCGGGGGGGUCCCUGGUGAUCAACCCCGCCCGACGGGACGAUGCCGGCGACUACUCAUGCACCGUCAGCAACCCCGUGAGCGCGGAGACCACCACCGCACGCCUGACCGUGUUCUACGGGCCGGACACCCCUGUUUUGCAGCGGGGGCUGCAGGCGGACUGCGUUGGGGGUGGCGAGGCGGUGGUUGGCCAGACGGUGCGUCUCACCUGCACGUCCGAAUCCGUGCCCCCCGCCCUGUUCACGUGGCAAAACGGCGGCGUGCCGGUGGCGCCCGACCAACCGGACGGCGGCGUGCUGAGCAUCCAGACCUUCUCCACCAAUCAGAGCGGCCGCUACGUGUGCACGGCGAGGAACACCGUCACCGGGCGGACGUCGGCACAGGGGACGGACGUGGCUGUUGUCAACACGUGUCUCAGCGGCGGUGCCGUGGCGGGGAUCGUGAUUGGCUGCGUUCUGGCGCUCAUCUUGAUCAUCAUCGCCAUCUUCCUGCUGGUGCGCUGGCGCAAAGUAGACCGGCGGCUCAGACAGGCUACAGGACAUCCCAAACCGGAGGAGGACCCUCGGCACCACCCUCGUAAUCAUGCCCCACCCUUGGGACACAGUCACCCCAGCAACCACCAGCUACACAACCUAAACGCACUCCACCAAGCCGACUACGCACUCCCGCCCAACUUCAACACACUCCAGCCUCAUCACCAAGGCAACGGCAAUGCGUUUCCACACAACGGCCAACUGAACGGCAACGCGUAUCCGCCGGUCAACGCUAACACGUUGCAACAAAAUGGCUGGCAGAACCCCAACGCGUUCCCGCAAAAUGGCCGACAGAACCCAAACUUGCUCAUACAGACGGGGCAGACGCACUCCGGUGCCCUGCCCCCCACUGUCCACUUGAACCUCAACACACUGCCAAAUCAGCAGACCAGCAACACACAGCCCCACACUGUCCACGUGAAUCUAAACACAUAUCCAAAUGGAGGCCAACAGGACCCACACGCACUACAACACACUGACCUGCACAAUAGCCACCCGCAACAACACAAUAACCAAAACUGGAAUCACACAGGACAACACAAUAACCAGCAAAACCCUAACAAUACGCCUCAGUUUGGUCACACGGACAGGACUCCUCUUAUACAGACGGGCGAGUCAUAUCCUGCAGACAGGACCCCGAGAGGUCAUCGGAAUCACAGGAGCGCCGAGGAUCUGAUUCAGACCGGAUACACCCACCCCGUGAAUCCGGCCCCUGGCGGGAGGCGGAGCCAUGACCCCGGGGGGGACAGGGAUGUGUCACGUGACCGGCGUGACCCCGGGGGGGACAGGGAUGUGUCACGUGACCGUCGUGACCCCGGGGGGGACAGGGAUGUGUCACGUGACCGUCGUGACCCCGGGGGGGACAGGGAUGUGUCACGUGACCGGCGUGACCCCGGGGGGGACAGGGAUGUGUCACGUGACCGGCGUGACCCCGGGGGGGACAGGGAUGUGUCACGUGACCGUCGUGACCCCGGGGGGGAAAGGGAUGUGUCACGUGACCGUCGUGACCCCGGGGGGGACAGGGAUGUGUCACGUGACCGUCGUGACCCCGGAGGGGACAGGGAUGUGUCACGUGACCGGCGUGACCCCGGGGGGGAAAGGGAUGUGUCACGUGACCGUCGUGACCCCGGGCGCUCCCAAAUGCCCUGGGACCGCCUACAAGGCACCCCGGCGUACCCCAAUCACGGCUUCCAGGGCGAUUCGGACACGUCUGCCGACAGAGACACGGACUCCCGGCGCCGCGGUCGCUCGGGCGACAGGAGACCCGCGCCGGACUCCGCCCACGACGACGGACGACACAGACCCCGGGCCGCCGAGCGGAGCCCCGGGACGCGCGCCCGCGCCGCGCCCCCACACCGCGACCCCUCCCCUCCCCCGCCGUACAACGAGCCGGACCGUCUCGCCCCUGACGGCCAGGACCCGCAGAACCGGGCCGUCCGGAGGCCCGACCAGCAGCACGCCCAGGCUGCUACCCACAAUGCACCGUGGCAGGACCCGCAGAGCCAGGCCGUCCGGAGGCCCGACCAGCAGCCAACUGGCCACGCCCAGGCUGCUACCCACAAUGCACCGCGGCAGGGGCCGCCGCAGACGACUCGGGCCCCGCAGCAGCAGGGAGACGUGCCGCGGGGCCCGGCGCCCGUCGCUCAGGCCCCUCCGGACCCCAGCCCCCUCACCCAGGCC